UGUGCGUUGAUCGUACGACGGGGAGCAUGCACAUGGAAAUGUCUCCUACCGGCGUGCUGGAAUUACCGAAAGUGUGUAUAACAUCCAGUCUGGAGAUUCUCCGCAUCUGCACCGGACUCGAGUGCGUUCAGGCGGUGAGCCAGGUGAUGCGGUUAUGUCAAGUUUAUGGCAGCAGGACUCGUCAGAGAACGGAAACCUCAGUGGCAGGAAAAUGAACGGCGAAGGCACUGGUAUAGGGGCUCCGACCCCAGCGUUGGCGGGGUUUUUGGGAAAAAGUGAAGACAGAAAUGCUUCACCUGGGAACUGUCCUUGGUGCUUGGCGAAAGGUCAGACAAACGCCCUCCGCUUUUAUGCCGUCAACCUAAAGGAGACUGUUCUGCUCUGUACAAAUCCAGUGUGCCUUUACCCGUUGGUUAGUAGAUCUCUGGAAGAAGUGCGUGCUAGUUUAUCCAAAGGUGGAUGUAAAAGGAGCAUUUCUUCCCUUCCCGACAUCAGUGAUGAAUCCUGUCCUCCAAAACGACCCAGAGAAGCGAACAUGGAUGUUCUGUCAGAUGUUUCUGAGCCAUGUGAUGCUGAAGUCAAUGAUGCCACCCUUCCAGACGACACUGUCAAAACAGAAACAUUUACAGAUCAACAAUCAGCACCUGCAGAGACUAUUUCUAUUGAUAAAACUGAGGAACAACCUGCUUCAAUAGAAGACUUUAAGGAACAACCUAUUUCUCUUGAUGCCACUGAGGAGCAACCUAUAUCCAUUGAUCAUACUGAGGAGCAACCUGUUUCUAUUAUUCACACUGAGGAGCAACCUAUAAUUCUUGAUCUCAUUGAAGUAAAACCUAUCUCUGUUGUUCACACUGAGGAGAGACCUAUGUCUAUUGAUCAUACUGAGGAACAACAUAUCUCUAUUGAUAACGCUGAGGAACAACCUGUUUCUAUUGUUCACACUGAGGAGCAACCUAUAAUUCUUGAUCUCAUCGAAGUAAAACCUAUCUCCGUUGUUCACACUGAGGAAAGACCUAUGUCUAUUGUUCACGCUGAGGAGCAACCUAUGUCAGUUGAUCAUACUGAGGAACAACAUAUCUCUAUUGAUAACGCUGAGGAACAACCUGUUUCUAUUGUUCACAUUGAGGAGCAACCUAUAAUUCUUGAGCUCGUUGAAGUAAAACCUAUCUCCGUAGUUCACACUGAGGAGAGACCCAUGUCUAUUGAUCACAUUGAGGAGAAACCUAUGUCUAUUAAUCACAUUGAGGAGAAACCUAUGUCUUUUGAUCACACUAUGGAGAAACAUAUGUCUAUUGAUCAAACAGAGGAACAACCUGUCUCUAUUGAUGCCACAGAGGAGCAACAACCUGAGGAAUUACCUGCUGCCACUGAUGAGGAUGUAGACUUGUGUGAAAGGAAGGAUGAUUGUGUAUCCAGUACUCAAGAUGAGACGGAGGAGGUCUUGGAGAGUUCUUCAGAGCUGGUCCCGGUUCAUCCUGAACUCUUCUGGAAAAAUGAGGAGAACAUGUGCUGGUUGGAUGCAAUGUUGGUGAUGCUGGUGCACUGCAGGACCAUCAGAGAGACUCCAUGUCAGGGCAUAAAGCUGAGCGAUAAGUUGGCAACAGUGCCUUGCAAUGAUUCUGUCGUCUGGAAACUUUGCUGGACGUAUGAUAAAACAUGUGCCUACCUUAAAGCCAAGAUUAAACAGAGCGAAGAUAACGUCUUGCGAGUCCCUGCUGGUGUCCUGGAUGAGGCUGAGCGGCGUCUGUCUGCUCUCCGGCUCUCAGUCUUCAAGCUCCUUCAGCCUACACUCAAGUGUGAAAUUGGUCAGCAGGAGACACCAGUGUUCGCUCUCCCGCUUCUUCUGCGCUCAGACAAGUGGGCUCAGGAUAUUUUCCAGCACACUAUCCGAUGGGAGUUCAAGUGCACUUGUUGUGACUUUACUGUAGCUGAGAGUGUUGAGAAGACUCUUACAACUUUGACUUGUAUUGUUAAGGACUGGCAUCCGCUAAAAGCCAAUCAUCGCACUCAGUGCAAUAAAUGCGAGCACAAAAACCAGAGGAGGAAAUUGGUGCUUGAAAAGCUGUCCUCUGUGUUUGCGCUGCACUUUGUGGAGGGUCUGCCCAGGAAAGACCUUACUAAAUAUGAGUUUACAUUCCAGGGUUUACAUUACAGCGUUAGCACUAUUAUCCAGUACAACAAACAUCUUCAGCACUUUGUCACUUGGGUCCGUCAGAGCAAUGGAUUAUGGCUGGAACUUGAUGACCUUAAACACCCUUACAGCCCCACUCACAAGAGACUUCCUUUUCCCUCCAGUGAAUUUCACAUUCUCUUCUGGGAGACAGACUCCUUUAAAAAGGAGCAUUCAGAGGUUUGUUUACCGACCGCUCCCCCUGUGGUCCUGAAUGCCCCAGAUGAAAAUCCCCUAAAACUGUCAGACUCUGUGGCCGACGACACAUGCGUGAUCAGCGCACUCACAGUGGAAGACACGACUGCAAGCAGCAUUGCGGAUACAUCCAUAGGCAGCACCACACUACUGGACACAUUUGAAGGUCUGACCCAUAAAGACAUCGUAACCCUCACUCUGGUUAAUUCUGAAUCCACUGAGAAUGAACCACGUCCCAUGAGACCAGGCUUUGUGCCGGCUCCUCGUCACUGUCCUUUUGUAGCAUCCAAUUUGUUAUCUGGAAUCCCCAAAACCGUGAGUCGACUUUCAACACCUCCGAUUCCACAGAAGUCUAGUUUAGUUAACAAACCAGAGGUGGCAGCACCAGCAGCCGUAUCAAAAACACAUUUACCACCUACAUCAUUAUUUCAGCAUAAUCCUUCCUUUCAGUCUACACCAAUCAGACCUCCUCCUCUUCCUCCUCCUGCUCCAAAACCAAAACCCAGUCUGAAAUAUGACAAAAAUGAAGAUCUGCUUGUAAAGCCGGCUGACAUGUUUGGCGGCUUCAAGACUAAGAAAUUGGCAAGUUCUCAACCCAAACAAGUCAGCCCUCCGGGUGGCCUUAAUCCAAGUGUUAAGAAAACAGCAGAGCAACAGCCCAUUAGCACUACAGAUGCCCUCAGGCUAAAGCUAAUGAAAAAGCUGAAGGCGAAGAAAAAGAAACUGGCCAAGUUAAACCAGCUCCUGGGAAAUGGAGGUGAAUCUGUGGCCAAACCGGACAGCACUGCACUUUCAUCACCGUAUUCGGUCACUUCUAGUACCACAACGUACGACAGCUUUGACGACCAGUUUUUGGCUGAUCUAUUAUCUCCUGCGACGACCGUCAGUAACCUCUCGCCUGACAGCACGGGUCUCCUCGAGAUGUUGAACAAUGGCCAAAAUGGCGAAACGGGGAUUGUCGGCGGACAGCAAAAUCCUGCUGUAGCAACUCUGGCUCCUGGAGCAACCCUAACCUGCUCUUCUUCCACCAUAUCGCCUUUAGAUGAAUACAUGCAAUCAGGAAUGUGCCACACUGCACUCGAGAACGCUGAUUUUAAUAGCUUGGAUCUAUUUUUCUGAUUUAAGAAGAACUUUUAGAUGUUCAGAGCCAUUGAGUUUUGCCUGGUGUUAAGAUCUUUUUAGUUUUGCAUUGGUGAAAAGGAAGACCUUUGUUAGCAAAGUAAACGGCACAUCAUCUGUUAGUUGUUCAUGUUUUGUCUGAUCUACUUGAAGAACAUUACGCCAUGUUUGACGAUCAAAGUAAGCACAAUGUACUUGUAACGUUUUGUACAGAGUUGUCUAAUGUUUUUCCUUGUUAUUUUGUAUGGAGAUCACCGUAUUUAAGCUGUUCAUAUUAAAUUGUUCCAGAAAACUGAAAA